CCGCUACGCUGGGCUGGCUGGAGAGCUGGGGCGGUUUUAUACGUUUCGGUCGGAGGUGGUUUCCACUUUCGGUUCGGCGUGGAGUCGGCAGUCUACAAAUGACUUUCGACGACGAAACUCUUAGUGUGGUGCUUAUGCGAUCCACCACCGCCAGCGAGCUCCGCAAGCAUAACGACGCCACCAACGCCGCCAAGUGUUCGGUGCAAGUACGGCUCAAUUAAAUAGGGCACAGUGUUUCAACAACUUCGAUAGGGUCUGUUUCUGGUGCAGCCUUGAUAUCUCGCUACGCAGCAGGUGCAAAAUUACCGAAAGAAUUUGAAAAAGUUCAGUUACGUUUUGUCAUAAUUGGUGCAAUGUGUCGUCCAUUCUGGAUCUUUCUGUGCUGUGUCGUGACGUCUAAUGUUGUUUUAGGACGUACCAGAACAAUUCGCAAUCUAUACGGACAGCGAUGCUCGAAUCGCUUGGAAACGGCUCUCGAUACAACGCUCAGGCGAAGCCAGCAACGCUCGGGUUCUAGUUCUAUUAUCGAUUUUUCCGAUAACGGACAGCCACACCGGCCCACACUAUUUGAUGCCGUCGGUCAACGGUCGCCGUUCAGCAGUAACAGUUACAACAACGAAGAGAUACAGCAGAUAGUGUCCGAGUACAAGCAAAAGCUAAACAGCCCUUCGAACAGUGUCUCGUCGCCGUUGUCGUCCUACUUCCAGCCGCCCAGCAGCAGUAGCAGCAGCAGCCCGGGCGCCGCACAAGUCGAGGUGGCAAACCUGCGCGUCCGGAUCCCGCAAAACCACCAGUGGGUCGUGGUGGAUCGGUGCCAGUUCAUCGAGCAUAAUCGCACGCUCGACACGAAGCUCGAGUUUCCCGAUCUGCAGAUCAGUGGGCGCGUGAUCAUGCACCCGUCCGGUGGUCGCUGCGAUAUGAUCCUACGGCUACGGCGCGCGGGCAUCGAGUUUCGCACCAUACCGCUCAUACCGUCGGGGCUGGGCGAACGCAGCCGGCAGGCGAACGUGCGCACCGAUUCACACUUUUCCGAGCCCGGUUUCAUCUCCGUCUUUGCGCACAGCUGCGAGGGUCCGAGCGGCAUCAAGUAUCGCAUCAACUCGAAACGGCGCCACUUUUUCAACCGCCAGCCAGCCGCAGCGACCGGACCCUCCUACUACGGGCGCGACCGGCGAAGAUCGUUGGACUAUCUGGAUGAUGAUUUGUUCGGCAGCGAUGGGCUGCACGAUGUGCUCAAGCUGAACGACGGGGACGCACUGUUCCUGUCGCCCUCCACCUUCGUUAACCUGGACGGGGAAGAUCGGGAGGGUUUUGGACAGACGGCAGACGGCUCGAGCGCCAAUCUUGACCCGAACAGCAGAACGUUCUUUGCCGAGCGGAAUCCGUUCUCCUAUUCGGCGUACGGUGGUGGACCAGCGUCGGGCAGCUAUGGUAAUGGUCCCGCCGCCCAUGCCAAUCCGGACAAGGGCUGGCAUAAUGUGGAAACGAACGAAGCGUUGGACGAUGCAUACUCCAACGAAAUCGAUAACCUCUUCUCGAAAGGAGUGCGCGGUCUCCUUACCACCUACAUGCAGAAAGCUCUCCAGCCCGCGAUUAAGGAAACGCUCAUGGAAAGCAUGGGCUACACAUUGUCCUACGGAUAACUUACGCCCGGAUGUUCGGGUGCAGCAUGUUAAUAUGUAAUAAAUUAUUUGUGCUAUUUAAUGAAAACCCAAACCAAGUAUUUU